AUGUUGAACCUAGCUAUGCGGACAUUUGCCGGAGCGCCGGGAGCGGAGGGCCUCAUCAAGGUGCCGGUGCUGAGCAUCGGGGAGAUUCUGCGGAGUGUGGGCUGGGACCAGGUGGACCUCUUGAAGAUGGACUGUGAAGGCUGUGAGUGGCCACUGCUGCAGAAUUGGCCGGCUGCCAUCGCCCACGCCGUGGGAGAGCUCCACUUUGGGUGCGGCGCCCGCGCGUGCUGGCCCCCACAGAAGGCAGCGCUCCGGAACUGCAGCCACGUGGCAUCCUUCCGCUCUCUACAGGAGAUGUGGCAUCUCGUGCGCCGGUGCGGCUGA